GUUGAUUUCUUGCCUCUUCGGUGCUCCGAAAAUCAGUAAUGUAAGUACUGGGCUAUUGCGACGGAUUAAAAUACUACUGGGAAGUGGGAAUGGAACCAGACAGCCAAGUGAUGUUUAAAAUCGCCGCAAGUGUGUUGUCAAACUAACCAAUCACAAACAAAACUCAGUUGUUUAUCGCACGGGCGGGCAUGUGAAACAGCGUCUAUCCUGCUACAUGGCACCAAGGUCAGUUAACUCUUCUGCCCAAAUUUCACCAGACAUACUACGUUUGCUUCAGAAAUCAGACUUAAGACUUGAAGAAUUGAAACAAAUUCAUAAAUAUGCGAAAGAUAACCCUCAGCACCUCAUAAAUCAAACUAGUCGUUUGGAAUUAUUGAUUGCCAAAAUUAUUAACCCUACAGAAUGUACUUGCUCGGCCAAAACAGCUACACAUUUUGAUCUGUCAUGUAAAAAUUCGGAAAUAGAGGAAAAAAUUCAACUGGCAGCAGAAUGCUUUUCAAUGUUGCCUUUCUUGAAAAGUUCACCACAACGUCUUCAAGAGUACCAGUUACGUCUUGCUAGAUGUCUUAGCGAAACCUUAUGUUGUCUAUUAGACAUCAACCGCCUAUCACAUGCAACUUUAUCAACUGUUCAAGAGUAUUUAAGUUCCAAAGUUGACUACUUCUCAUGCAUAACUCCAGUUGAAAAGGUGAAGAAAUUGCCGGAGGACUUCUCAAAUUUCCUGUAUAUACGUGCUGAGUUUUUCACAUAUUGCCUACGCUGCAUCUUUCUGCGUGACUCGGCAACAUAUAUUGACAUUUGUUUACCUGUUUUCAUGUCAUUAUUCAAUGGUUUCUUCGAAGUAAGGCUAACAGAAAAUGAAUAUGUAUCAGAUCGCUUAUUAACAACUUCUAGUCGUCUAAUGCUGUGUUUAAGUACUAUAUGCCAAACUGUAGGCACGCUAAUUAUGCCUGCUGUUCCUUGCUUGUUGACUUUUCUUACAUAUCACUUGGAGUGGACUACUAAUUGGCGACUCGAUUUCAAGCGCAUGGAAUAUUUUGUACGUCUUCGUUUAGGUAGUAUUUCGUGCCUGAUAAAUCUUGCUACUAAAAACUUAAAGUUUUCGUAUUCAUAUUUCACUGAACUAAUGCCACGCAUUAUUUCACAACUGGUUCAUGAUCUGCGUUGGCAACUGUGUAUAAAUCAGGUUAAAUAUUCAAUUAAGUCUGUCAGUCCAGCACAACAAAAUAACGUCUUCAAACCCCCAGCACUUACUGUGGCAUCAUUCGAAAAGCGUAUCACAAUCGCAGUUCUAACUCUAGUGGACUGUAUUUUCAAGGACCCAGAAAUACUACAUUAUAUAACACUUUCAGAAUCAAAAUCAGACUGUAUGAUAGGCACUAAAAAUCCCCCUAGUCGUACAACUGACAGUGAAGUGAAUCGACUUCUGUUAAUUAUUGGCCAUUUAACUUCACAAGUCGAUGCUGUGUUAAAACGUGGAAUGCCUUUCGUUCAGAACAAAGUAACAAAUAUGGUUUUAAUAAGUCCACCAGUUCUAAGUGCACUCGCAAAGGUUUCUUUUGUAUGUGCUAUGUCUAUCCCUAACCAAACGUUCCUACUGACUGUUUUGAAAUUUCUUAAUAAUCUUACAAGACAUUCUGAUAACACAUUAAGUUUGACUGCAAUGGGAUAUUUUCAUCAACUGUCCGGUUUAAAACUCUGCAAAUCAUUGCGUCAUACAAACUCAGAACCUACUAUGGAUGAUUAUGAACAUGCCCAAAUCGCACAUCAACCUCGGCUUGUUAUGCAAAACGAAUGUAAGUAUGUCAUAGCUAAACAUGGUUCAGAAAUGCAUUCUAACUAUAACAAGAGUCCGGACUUCAAACAGAAAGAAGAGCCGCCCGUCAAACUUCCUCAAAUUACAGAAAAGCAAAAACCUACAGAAUUCGAGCCGAAAUCUUCGAGUGACUAUUCCAAAUCUGGAUUUUCAUCAUCUGAGCAGAAAGGUGAGCCGCCUGUUAAACGCCUUCGAAUAACAGAAUAUCAAGAACCCAUACAAACCGACGGGAAAUCUCUAAGUGGCGAUUCGAAAUCUGAAAUUUCAUCGUCUGAGCAUCAAACAAUUGACCCCCAGUCGCCAGGUAAGAGCGAUGCAUCCUGCAUACCGAAGGAUGUUCAUACUUUUUUGACUGCUUUCGAUCCAACUUUUGUAUGAUAUUUAAAUUUACUUUUUUAUGAAUAAAAUUUAUAAU